CAAAAAGGACAGAGAAAAAAGAAGCUCUGAAAUGUUGAGACUUAGACUUGGCCGGGAAGGCAGGCUUUGGCGCCUCGCUUAAUGUUCUGGAUUUCUUGCGUUAUUUGAUUAUCGUAGUAUCUCUCUGGCAGUUUUGGUUUGUGGUUGAUUAAUUGCUUAAAGUGAUGGCUUAUUGGUGGGCCUUUUUGACCAUAGUCAUUUCUAUGCCUCAAAGAACAUGCCUUCUCGUCGUCUCUUUGGUGGUCACGUGCCAACUUGUGCUGCCUGCUCGGCAGCUUGCCUCAGUAGAGGGAAUCGCGAUCAUGGCGUGGUCUGCCAUGUGGUUCGGGUCGAGGCGUCCUUGGCCUUGGUAUCUCGGAUUCUUGCGGGACGCCGACGUGUGCCAUCUUUGUGCGCCGGAACACGAAGCCGAGUGCUUGAUGGUGGUGACUGCGCGACGCUAGUUGGCCGUGUCCUUGCUGGCUGACUUCUUGUGGGGUGCGGCUGGAUGUCCAUCGAGUUGUGUAUCGUGCGGUGUCUGGCGUCUGAUGGAGUUCUGCUUCCUUCGGACCUCGCGAGCAGGUCCUUCUUUGCAGGUCUUUGCGACUUCUUCUGGCAGCGGCUCCUUGUCUUGGAUUCUCAAACUGCUUGGCAGAUUCUGCUACAACUGUUACUUCUCCGCUCUUUCUGAGCUGGCAAAAUAAGCAAUGCCUACCGCGCGAGCAAGUUCCUUCUGUGGUGCCGGUGUUCUCCUCUGCUUGCAGUCGGUUGGGAUAUUGGUAGGAAUGCUGAGGACAUCAGCUUAUGGAGAGAGCGAGCAGGUGCGAGAGAUAGAGCGAUCCGAGCAACAAAAAUUUUUUAAAAUCAAAAAAGUGCAAUCACCCGAGCGAGUCCUCUCCAAUAAAGGCGUGACGCCUUGGAUGAGUGUCGUUUCUUACACUUAGCACAAGUCUGGUCUUGUGUUUAAGUGACUCAAACAAGCAUCAUUGUGACCCACUACCAAUGCAUACUAAUUAUAUCGUUCCUCUUGAUGAGUUAGCUGAUAUUUAUAAGCAUGAAGAUCUAGUACCUACCAUACUUCUCUCUUCUUCGUUUCUUUUAAUGUCUUCGGAAAAUAGGCACAGUUUACGCUUGUGCUUAGUAGUAGUUCUGUGACAUGACUUGACUAAAAGACCUAAAACAGACACGAGAUAAGCUGCCUUCUGCCGUUGGCCCUUUGCUUCUUGUUUUGUGUUUAUGUGUACUAAAGAUGUGACUUCUUGGAUGAAUGUCAUAACUUAGCACAAGUCUGGCCUUGUGUUUGCUCUUCUCUUCUUGUGUUUAAGUGACUCAAACAAGCAUCGCUGUGCCUCACUCCUAAUACUUAGCAUGAGUCUGACUUAAACGGAGCAUGAGUCUGACUUAAACGGAGAAAACUCCACUCCGAUUGUCACGGUCAAGGCUAUAACCUUGAUCGCCAUAUCGAAGCUUUUAUAGCCUUCUCUUUUCGUGAACUUUUAGGGUACAUUCGUGAAAAUUGAGUGUGGUGGCAGUAUGUAACCGAAGCGCUUCGUUGCCUAUUCGUAACUGCUGGAUAAGACACUGAGACACUGAGGCCUGCAGGGAGAACAGCGAAACAACGGCAGAGUUAUAUAGAAAGGCAACCAUCUCGGGCCCAGCACUUGCUUCUGACUAGAUCGCAAGGCAGUAGCUUUCCCUAGCUUGUUCUCCUGUACAGAGAAGGCGAAGAAGGGCGAACAAAUACAAGCGGAGCGGGCUCUUGUAUCUGAGAUUGUAGCUACCAUCUCGGCUACUCGGUCUAUCGACUUAUUUGAUUUUAGUUUAUACAUGUUCCAGGGGUGGAGCCUUAAGGACGCGAUCGCCCUCUACAGGGUCCUCCAGGAAACUAACGCAGAGAAGGCGCGGGCUCUUUGUAACUCUGAACUUAUCAGGGCGGGGCAAGCUCCUGGAUUUUUAAACCUUAAAAGUGUCAGAUCCGUGAGAAGGGCCGCCACCGUCGGCGAUGUUCUUUCCCUCGGGGCCAUCCGUUCGCCUCCUCUCUGUAAGUCUGACAUUAUCAGGGCUGAAAAGCCGCACGCUUUUGACGGCUAAGGACAUUGCACAGGCUUAACAAUAAUCUACCUACGAUCAAAUAACUCCUUCUGCUGCUCAUUAUUUUCCUGUUCGUUGUGUUAUAUUGUGACUUAUUUUUGCUGAAGCUGGUGCAGAAAAAUGGAGGAAGCAUGUGCAGGAAUGUGAAUGCAAGCAGGGGCUAGAUGAUUCGGAUCUGUUUAAACCUGUCUUAAGACUGAGAAGAUGUCUAGAACAGACUGGGUAUCUCAGUCUUGGGACAGCUGAAAUGUCUUAAGUAGACUGGGUACUAUCAGUAUCUUACGAUUGUCACAGACGGCGUCUAAGCCUAAAGUACUAAGACUUGAGCACGGAAGUUCGUUUCGAACUGUCCUUCCGUUUCGAACUGUCGUUGAGUGCUUGUUUCAAGUGGUGCUGGAAGAAGAAUCAUUCAAUUGAGUAGUUUUGUUUCUCAGUAGGUGGACUUGUAGAACAUCAACAACAACAACAACAACAUGCAACUAAUUAACUAUUCUAUACCGCGUCCGUGAGUGGGUACAUCUUCAUCUAUCUAGACUUAUCAGAUCCUCUUGUUUGUCACUGGUAUUAAAUAAUCACCGAAUGCGCAAGCAGAGCCCCCACUUCCUUCCUUUUGCAACCACUGUUCACAACUACUGAACAAAAUGAGAUGUGUCGGUCCUCACGUGCGGCUCAAGCACAGCUCGGUCUUCUAGUACUAAAGUAGUAGAUGAUCCUUUUUCGGCGUUUUCAUAGUCGUGAGCGCUCAGAUAGUCGUGAGGCGAGG